AGAAGUUGCUCCACAAAAAUAAGGAAAGAUUCUAAAAUAUCUUUUUAUCAAAAUUAUAAAUAUAAGCAAAAAGUGCACUUAAGCAACUAUAUAGACAUGGAACUAUGGAUUAGUUUUUUAAUUCAAGAUUACAUAUCCAAACUCUUCUAAUACAAGUUAUUGCAAGCAUGACCGUGUUCUAGAGUAGAAUGUUCUAAAGUAGAGUGAAUCUAAACAUCAAACAUGUUGGGGUUCCACAAUAGAGUGAUUGAGGCAGCGAAACCAAAUAGCAAACAAUAGCAAACUGGUUUGAGGUUUAGUGGCAGUUUUUACAAAUGAUUCAGUGACAUCUUAAAAUGGUUUAAUAGAGGUUUAGUGGCAAUUUGACAAAUGGUUUAGUGACAUCUGAAAAUGAUUUAAAAAAACAGAAAUUUAUAGAAAAAUAGAAAAUAGUAAGAAUCUACUAUUCAACAUUGUGAUGCACUUUUUACAUAAAUAAUUAUUAAUUAUUAAAAUCUAAUAUACUUUACACUUUCAUUUUAAUAAAUAAUUAUAUUUAUAAAAUUACAUUCAAAAUAGUACGCAGACGUUGCCUGUCAUUAAGAUACAUUCUAAGAGAUACCCUGGGCCCACAUCCCAUACUAAUUACUGGCUACACUUCAUAAAACAAAUGCCACCACGCGUUCUUCCAUAACAUUUUUACACGUGUUGUACAUAACGAAAUUCCAAUUUUGUCGGAGAGAGACGCUCUUGUCCCAGGAUUUUUAGCUUUCGCUUUGUUCUUUGUUUAAGAGUUUCUCGUCGGUAAAACUAAAACUAGCAAAACUAAAACUCUUCUCAUCAGGGUUCGAAACUCUUUAAUAAAAACACUCUCGUCAGGGUUCGAAACUCUUUGAAGACAGUACACCGUUGAAAAAUUGAGUAACAAUUCAUAUGUAAAGGAGUGAAAAAUGGCGAAGGAUGGACUACCUAUUAUUAGCAUCGUGUUAAAAUUUAUUCUUCUGAAUCUGGUAUUCACUCAAAUUCCUUGUUUCGAUAUCCCUACCACAGCGAAAAUAUAUUCCUGCCUUUCCUUACCUCCUAUUGCGUUUCUGCCAUGAUAACCUCCGUUGAGCUUUGAGGAUUUGUCUACAGUGGUGACGACAGCCAGCUAAAUUCGUUUCCUGUAAACCUUUUACUUGCUAUUCCAUCAGCUAAGUCAAGCUCAUCCGCCUGGUUAGAGAAAAUGGCUGCAGCGCCUAUUCGUCGGAUGAAGAAAUCGGUCAAAGAUUGUGAAGAACUAAGGACACGCGCUUCCAUUUUGUCAGUUAAAAUUACAGAAGUAGAAAAAGAAACGGCCAAGGCAAACUCCUGGAGGAGGAGCAAUCGUGUCUGUAAACAACUCCCCUGCUAUAAUUUCCUGCUUAAUUCUUUGACAGGGCAUAAAAAUGUGGAAAAAAGGAGGUUUGCAGUCAGCUUCCGAUCCUGGAGCUCUUCAACUGGCACCUCUAUGAAUCGAAUUGUUCAGUCUGGAGCACUACAUACACAAGCUGAAGCUGUAGCUGCAAGCACUUCUCGGGAAGUUGAAGAGCUGGCUGACAUUGAUUGGGAUGCACUUGGCUUUGGGCUCCGACAAACUGAUUAUAUGUACAUCAUGAAAUGUAGAAAAGAUGGAGAAUUUUAUGAAGGAGAACUCCAGCCUUUUGGUACAGUUGAGCUUAGCCCAUCAGCAGGUGUCUUAAAUUAUGGCCAGGGUUUGUUUGAAGGCUUAAAAGCAUACAGAACAACUGGUGGGCGAACCAUUCUCUUUCGUCCAGAAGAAAAUGCCCUGCGGAUGCAAAUGGGUGCAGACCGCCUGUGUAUGCCAGCUCCAUCGGUGGAACAAUUUGUGAAUGCUGUUAAGCAAACAGUGUUGGCCAACAAGCGCUGGAUACCACCUUCUGGCAAAGGGUCACUUUAUAUCCGUAUACUUCUAAUGGGCAGUGGGCCUAUUCUAGGGCUUGGCCCAGCUCCAGAGGUUACAUUUCUCACAUUUGUUUCUCCUGUUGGAAACUAUUUUAAGGAAGGCUUGAAACCAAUCCAUUUACAGGUGGAAAGAAUGCACCAUCGCUCAACACCAGGUGGAACUGGAGGUGUUAAAGCAAUAGGCAAUUAUGCACCUGCAUUGAGGGUUCUAUCCGGUGCUAAAGCAAAAGGAUUUUCUGAUGUGAUCUAUCUUGAUUCAGUCAAUAAGAAGUAUAUUGAGGAAGUUUCUUCAUGCAAUAUCUUUUUGAAAAAGGGUAAUAUUAUUUCUACUCCAGCACUGCAUGGAACGGUGCUACCUGGAGUUACAAGGAAAAGUAUCAUUGCAUUGGCUCGUACUCGAGGUUAUGAGGUCCAGGAACGAUUAGUAUCCAUAGAUGAGUUGCUUGAUGCAGAUGAGGUGUUCUGCACAGGCACAGCAGUGGUGGUCUCUCCUGUAGGAAGCGUCAGUUAUCUUGAGAGAAGAGUGACUUACAGGAGCGGAUCUCCAGGAGGAGUGUCAGAAGAAUUAUAUUCAGCUCUUACGAGCAUUCAAUUGGGUUUGGCUGAGGAUAGCAUGGGAUGGACUUUCGAGGUAAAAUAGACAGUUGAUAAAGAUGAUCAAUUUGUAUCCUAUGCUGUUGCAUAUUGAAAUAUGCCAAAUCACCACAUAUUAAACUGAUCUCACAACAAGAAGAAAAUGUAAAUAUCUCAUUAUCUGUAUGCUCUCUGAGAAAAUAAUUUUGUAUAGACAUGGAAGGAGAAAAUGAAUGUUUACCAGUAUGUGUUGGGCUCCUUUGUUUGCCACAUUUUGGUAGGGUGCAGAUCUGGUUCUCAUCUAAAAAGACAGAUUUAUUAUGCAAAAAGAAAUAUCACAGUUUGUAAUUAACUUUUAUAAUUGAUACUAUAAUUUAAUAAAUUUAUAGAAUAAUUACUUCUUAAA